CGCGCAGAGAGUCGGAUGACAUUCGCGGACGGACCCGGGCAGCGCGGGAGAGCUGGGGGGACAGAUUGUUGUCUCUGUAGUACCAGCCUGGGGUGGACAUGACAAGCUGAGCUUGGGGCCAUGUUGCUCCCGUCCGACGUGGCCCGGCUGGUGCUGGGUGAGUGUGGACUAUGAGCAGGCAGGGGCCCCCGCCAUGGGAUGCCAGCACUAUGUAGCACCCAAUGGUACCUGGCUGGUACCAAAGAUAUGGAUUACUGCGUCUUCCCAUCAUGCUCAGCCACCACAAAGAAUGCCUGAGCAUGAUGGGAAGCCUGGUACCCACAAUACCUAGCGUGCCAUUGGUUAUCCAGCACUGGCCUUGGGGCUAGCUGCAAUACCAGCCCCUCCUAUGUGUGGGCACCAGAGUGGGUGCUGAGACUGGUGGUGGCACAGUAGUAGCUUUGCUGGGAGUUAGUUGUCCAGAGUUCCUAUCUCUUACCUGCUCCAGAAUUCUAUUUUGAGAACUUAUUGUUGUGUUACAGCUGUUGCCCUUGUGUUUUAUUUUGUGUGUGUGUUAGUAUUAUUGUGGUUACGUUUACACAAGUUUGUAAAUGUAGAUCAUUUUCUAGAUUUAUGUGUCUCCCCUGAUGGAUCUGAAACUAUCACAGGAAUUUCACUUAUUUUUGUAUUACAUGCACUGCCCUGUCUUGUGCAGUAGUAGUAUGUAUUGUAGAUUGAACACUGUUCAUUAAUUAAAUAAAAUAUAUUUUUGUAUAGAUUGGUCCAUCUGAUUGGGUAUGGACAACUUGACAUGUAAACUUUUUGCAAGCAUUGGUGUUUGUGGUUUGUUGUAUUUUUUUUUUUUAAUGUUAUUUUUUUUACUCCCUUCUUUUGACCCACUCACUAACAGGGCAAAUUUCAGGCACUCCAAAAUGAUCCUGUGCUGACUUGAUAGUACCAGGCAUUUUUAAGAUUCAAUCAUUGUCAUGUAUUGUCCUGAAAUACAAUUCAUUCUUGGACACCGUCAUAUUAAUUUAGUGGAUGCACUCUAAACCGUGUAAAGAGAGAAAUCCUCCAAAUUACAUUUAAAAAAUGUUUUAACCCCAGCUGUCGUUGCCAAGAAUAAAGACAGACUCCGGUUGCAGGGCAUAAAGCCACGCUGCCCCAACCUUCUGGAGUUCUUUACCGUGAACCCACCUCUUCUAUCAGGCAUUCAGUUUGCUCGUCGGACCUUCAGAAACUCCUAACUUUUAUUUAUGUUUUGUAUAUUUGUAAAGUGCUCUGAGUCUCACAGGGGAAAAAAUCGCUAUAAAAAUUGCAAAUUAUUAUAUAUUUUCUUUUUCUGGUAAACAGUCAUUUGUCACAUUUUAUUUAUUCUUCAAAAUUUGGAGCUUAAAAUCCUUGAACUUUAUUGUGCUACCUAAAGCUUUUUGGACAGAUAUUUGCCAUAUUGCUUUUGUAAAAUAUACAAAACCUUCUACUUUGUAAACGGUUUGUUUCUAUGUGUUUUCAGGCUACCUGCAGCAAGAGAAACUGACGGCUACUUGCAGAGCUUUCAUUGCAGAGAGUCCUGACCUGAAGGAAUAUGCUGAAUAUUUCUCAGAAGACGGAAUGAUUCCAGGCUGUGUGCUGGUAAGAUAUUGGUAAUAUUUUGACAGGUAUUAUGGUGGUACUGUUUGGCCUGAAGAUACACUUGGAUAUCAUUUACUGAGGGCCAGAAUGAAAAUGUAUGACAGUACUCUGGCUCUCGACUCCUGACAUUUGUUUCUACUUGUCACAUUUGAAGUUUUAGCUUUGUAUUUAUUAGUAGUAUUUAUGUGUGUGUGUAUGUAUGUAUAUGUGUGUGUGUGUGUGUGUGUAUAUAUAUAUAUAUAUAUAUAUAUAUAUAUAUAUUUGUGCAGUAAUGAUGGUAUAAGGAAAUUGCUGUGACUGUUUUGUUAUUUAGGUAAGCAUGUCUUUAAUAUAUGAAAUACUCGUAGUAAAGGAAUUUUUAAUGUUUUGGUCCAGUCACCACCUAUUUUCUGAUGUAUUUAGCUAAUGAUUGAAAGCCAACUCAAAUUUGACACCUGGAGCUGAAUGCUGUAAACAUGUAUUUUGUUUGUGUGUGCGCUAUUAUAGAUAAUAAUGUACUUCAUGUAUAAUUUUCUUAUCAUUUAGAAACAUUCAUAUUUUAUCCACCGAAUGCAAAUUAAAAUGUUAGGUGUGUGUGUACACCUGUAAGAUUUUUAAUGUUUAAUCUCAUCCUUACAUGUUUUUGUAUUAAAACAACUGAGGUAUGUUGUGCAACUAACCCCUUAUACAUACAAUUAUCCAUGCCAUCACCCAAACAUAUCCAAUCUCACACCCUCCCACACUUGAAAUAGAAUUAAUAAUUUGUGUCCUCCCACUGCUGAUGUCUUCUGUCAGUGGUGAGGAGUUUGGGAGGGUCUGCACAUUGCAGCACUGUUCCAAAUGUCUCAAAAACAGCUGAUAUGUGUCUUUUUUGUUAUUUUCUCUGAUCUGUAGUGUUUACAUGGAAUUUUGUUAUAAACAACUAUGUUGUGUCCAGAUGCUAUAAUCGACGUGCCUUGUACUCACAAUCAGCCUGCUGUGAAAUGCAACUAAACCCUAUUACUGUCUGGAGCUUUAUAGUAUUCCUUUUCUUAGCUCAGUUGAGAUAACUAUUAACUUUGUGAGAUUAUUCUAUGGAUUGUGUGAGUUUAUUUGUCUUUGUCUGCUUUUUUAAAAAAGCUUUUUAAUGAUCCUAGAUCGUUUUUUUGUUUUUAAAUGUAGAACAUUUAGUGUGUUUAUCUGAAAGACUGUGUUUAAUCCUCCAUAACAUAUAUAUUUUUACAAGUGUUGUGUACCUGUAAUAUUUCACUGCACAAUGUUAGAGUAGGUUUUGUGUUUGUAAAUGUUAUUUAUUUAAAAAGUUCAUCCGGAACUGGAACUUGUGUAGUAUUGGCGUUCUAAGCACUCUAAAUAACAACGUAAAUUUGUGUCGGCUGAUCUUCUUGCAUUAACCUAAUGAUUCCAAAGCUUCACUUGAUCAUUAUAGAUCAAAAUAAAACUUCAUUUCCUAUACUUUUUAUGCAGCCCUCACACUAAAUUAAAGGAAACUUGUGGCAUGCCAGGGUUACAAAUCAGUGAACUAGAGCAGGGGUUAGCAACCUUUUUCUGAAAAGACUUCCCCCUAACUUUGUAUCCUUGUGUAAAAUGGCCACAUGUUAGAAUAUUGAAUUAAGAUGCUAUGUAUUAAACAACUGAAAGAUCAAAAUUAAGAAAAAGCCUUUCUUAAUUUUGAACAUUCUGUAGUUUAAAAGUUAACUCCUUAAUAGAUGCCCUCAGUGUGUUUUUUAUAUGUUAAUCUAAUGUACUUGUUUAAUGUUUUCAGUCAUCAUUUGGAAAGAACCUGACAACUAUCUUAAACGACUAUAUAGCAUUGAAAACAAAAGGUUAGUGCUUUUUCUAUAUAUAUUUUUUUUAUUUUUAAUUUUGCUUCCCUUCCUUCCUGUGUGCUUUAGGCAACCUUUUCAUGGUUUAUAUUGUAAACUAGUUUGGAUGGAUAAUUUCCUCACAUAGAAACAAAAAAGGGGCUGGAGUAUAAUGUAAUUAUCUGGAAAGAUGAACUGUUCAGGUAGCAUGCUUUGCACUUUCCAAGUAAAGUUCCCCCUCUUUCCCCCCACCACUCCAACCAAAAUCUCCCAUGAGUAUGGUAUGUAUUUUUGUAACUAGUGGGCAGUGACAGGGCUUUCAGUUUAAGGUAAUGCUCAUUUCAGAAAUGCUGAUCUCAUUAUAAUUGAAAAAGAAAAAUGUAGAGUUGAUGUGUAUGAAACUGCAAAAAUACACAUAAAAUGUAACCACUUUAAUCCAUUCUUAUUUUUUAUUUUUUUUAAUCUUUUUGUUCGUGCAGAAAAGAAAGAUGAGGUACCCCUGAUGAUGUCAUCUCUGUGGAAGAAACUUGACCACACCCUUUCCCAGAUUAGGUAUGAUACACAUAUUAUAAUACCAAGAGUACUUAUUUUUUUUUGAUGUGUGUAGAGUAGUACACAAAUGAAUAAUAACAUGUCAGCUAGGGUAUACAUAUCAAAUGGAAAUACAUGUAAAAAUUAUCAUACUUUUAAAGGAUAUGAAAAUUGCUUAUGCUAGGUCAACAUGCCGAAACAGUAAUAAAACACACAGUAUACCAUAAGAGAGAACUGCGUGUGUGGCAGAACAUGCAAUGAAUAAAGACUGAGAUUGACUGAUAUGAGCUAAAUUCGAGGAAAGCUGUUGCUAGUGCGCAUGGGAUUUUUUAUGCUUAAAUUUUUUUUAAGCAAGGCGUGUGAUGCAUCAGUUUAAAAAAUAUUAAAACGUAAAAAACAAAACAUCUCAAACUAUGACUGAGCACUACCAAAAGUGAUUUUAAAGCUUCUCAUGUGAGAAGAGCAAACAUAGUAGUGCUGCAAACCUUGCCUAACUUAAGAGGGAUCUUGUAAGUUCCCAGGAAUUUGUUACUUUGUGAAAUUUUUAAAUUAAAAUACAAAUACACACCUCUUUACCAUGCAGCAAGGUGCCUCCAUCCUAGCGGCCAGUUAUUUUUAUGAGUUCUGUCUUUUCUGGUAGUCCGCAUAGAGAAAGCAUUCAGAGAAGAUGAAAUAAAACCAUAGCAAUUACAUAUAAAAUGUUGUUGAGUUCUGAAAAAAUGGUGCAAAGAUGGAAUGGAAUGUGCCACCUUUCUCUGCUGAUUUAAUUAGUAAUUGCCCCACUUCUAGUGCUUUAGAACACGAUACAUUGAAUAUCCCCAAAUGUUUGUAUAUCAACUCAUUUGCAUUGACUGAACUGGUAAGUGAUAUUUCUAAAUCCUUACUGUAAAUUUAACAGAAACCAGAAUAUCACAUGAAAAAAAGAUUAUAGAUAAUUCUUUUUUUUUUUUAUUCAGCGGUGUCCUUUCCAGUAAAAUUACAGUUCCCUUUUCAAUAAGAUUUUAGUGAGAAAAAGAGAGUACAAUGCGCAGGUUAGUUAAUCAGGCCCACUGGUAAAACCUGCAUUUAUUGGAAGAGCAUGCCAAAAUAAUUUCGGAACCCCUAUCCCUUUUAUCAAUGUAACAAUGACAUUUUCUCACUACUUUUUUUUUUUUUUUUUAAUCCAACCACAACAAUCUAUGUACUUAUGCUGUGCUUGGUAAAAGUUAAUUUAUUUUUAUUUAUUUUCUGCUACAUUUGAGUAUGCAUGCUCCUACAUAUUCCAAUUUGCAAUAACAUUUUUUUGUGCAGGGGCACUUGCUGUUUUCAAGAUGUUAUCUUUGCAUUAUCGAUGUUGUAUUUUAUAUUCAUGUUAUCUGCUGAGAUAAAUAAAUCUGAUGGGCUCCUCUAUUUGUGGAAAUUAGGUGGAUGAUGAUAAUCUAUUGGCUGUGUAUUUUCAUUUAUUUAAUGCAAGACCCCUAAACAAACCAAAUGUAUUAAAAUGGUCUUGGCAGCUUACACCAAGCUAAAUUAUAUGUUUAAUUUAGAUUGUGUGGACCCCUCUCCUCCCCCCAGUGUAGGGAAAAUAGUUUCUCAGUUUUUAGUUAUCUAGUCUCUGGAUCCCUGUCCUAAGGCUCUAACUAGCCAAACCUUUUAUUUCACUGACUGGUAGUUUGCGAAUAUUGCACAGGGUACCUUCCUUUUUGAAUUGUUUUCUUCCCUUUUAUUUGCCUAAAGGACAAUACCGUAGUUAUUUGGAAUGGACUGUAACUUUUAUGUAAGAUUGUGUCUUUUAUGUUAAUUUUAUUUUCUGUUUCUUAUAAGUUAAUAGAAUUGUACCUAUUAGGGUGUUCGACGCUGUAACAGUAAUUGUUAUUCUCUACAGUUUGUGUUCUAAUAAUUGUAUUCUGAGACCCAUCACGUGGUGUGUGUGUGUGUGUGUAUAUGUGUGUGUAUAUAUAUAUAUAUAUAUAUGUAUAUAUGUGUAUAUGUAUGUGUAUAUAUAUAUAUAUAUGCCAGAUCCAUGCAUCGGAUCAAAAGAGCAGCAAACCGAUAUUUGAAGCUGCUGGUGCCUCUGGAGUCCCACGGACAUCAAGGUGUAGAGUGCUCCACGGUCUUGCAACUGUGCAUAAACCUUCUAUUCGGCCACCACUAACCAAUGCUCACAAGCAGAAAUGGCUGCAUUGGGCAGAAAAGUACAUGAAGACUAAUUUUCAAACAGUCCUGUUCACUGAUGAGUGCUGUGCAACCCUGGAUGGUCCAGAUGGAUGGAGUAGUGGAUGGUUGGUGGACGGCCACCCUGUUCCAACAAGGCUGCGACAUCAACAAGGCAGUGGUGGAGUCAUGUUUUGGGCCGUAAUCAUGGGAAGAGAGCUGGUCGGCCCCUUUAGGGUCCCCGAAGGUGUAAAGAUGACUUCUGCAAUGUAUGUGGAGUUUCUGUCUGACCACUUUCUUCCCUGGUACUGAAGGAAGAACUAUGCUUUCCGUAAUAAAAUCAUCUUCAUGCAUGACAAUGCACCAUCUCAUGCUGCAAAGAAUACCUCUGCAUCAAUGGCUGCUAUGGGGAUAAAAGGAGAGAAAGUCAUGGUGUGCCCUCCAUCCUUCCCUGACCUCAAUCCUAUUGAGAACCUUUAGAGCAUCCUCAAGCAAAAGAUCUAUGAGGGUGGGAGGCAGUUGACAUCCAAACAGCAGCUCUGGGAGGCUAUUCUGACAUCUUGCAGACAAAUUCAAGCAGAAACUGUCCAAAAACUCACAAGUUCAAUGGAUUCAAGACUUGUGAAGCUGCUAUCAAAUAAGGGGUCCAAUGUUAAAAUGUAACGUGACCUGUUAAAAUGUUGUUAUAAGUUUGAUUGAAAUAGCUUUUGAUUUCAGUAAAUAUGCUGCAAACACAACAAAUGACAAUUUUCAGUUCUUUAUAACCUAUAAAGUGUUUUGAAACUUUUUUUUAUGUUUAAAAUAAAUACUGUUAUUAGGAGGUUUGUUCAAUAAAAUGUGAAUUGUACUCUUAUCUAGUUGACAUGAUAAUUAUGCUGACUGUUAUUUACAUCAAUUAUUUAGAUAAAUGAGAAAAAUAUCAUUUGCAUAAUAAUUUGGAACAGGGUGUAGAUAUAGAGAGAGAAAGAGGUGUAGAUAUGGUGUUACUUUAUGAGCAAUCAGACUUGUUGGCAUUGCAUCAGUCUGUUAUUACUGUAUAUUCACAUUAAACACUCCCCCUCCCUAUUCAGAUAGAAUUGGUCAGAGACUUUAAGGCGGAAUUGUCCAAAGUUAAAAAUAAUGAACUUGAAGAAUUUGUCAUUUGUGAAUAACACACAGUUUCCUUCUGUAACUUUUUCAUUUUUACAUGUUGUUUUUUAUUAUAAUGCUAGAAAAAAAAAUUUUUUAAUUUUUUUAAUCCAACAUGAUUGAUUUCUUCCUGUGUUUUUUGAUAGGAGCAUGCAGAACUCUAUAGCUUUUCAGACUCAUCAAAGAAGUAAGUACUAUUUUUAUUUAUUUAAAGAAAUUUUCUAUAUUUGUGAGGUCUGCUAGUCGCUGCUCUCCUCUUCCACUAGUUCAGCCAGAGGUUUUGUGCUAAGGCCAGUGGUGCACUGCAGGGCUUAAACGACCACUCUAGGCACCCAGACCACUUCAGCUUAAUGAAAUGGUCUGGGUGCCAGGUCCAGCUAGGGUUAACCCAUUUUUUUUUAUAAACAUAGCAGUUUCAGAGAAACUGCUAUGUUUAUAAAUGGGUUAAUCCAGCCCUCAAAUCCUCUAGUGGCUGUCUCAUUGACAGCCACUAGAGGCACUUGCGUGAUUUUCACAGUGAGAACCCGCAAGCGUCCAUAGGAAAGCAUUGUAAAUGCUUUCCUAUGAGACCGGCUGAAUUCGCGCGCAGCCAGCCGAAAGGGAGGAGAGGAGGAGGAUCGGAGGCGGAGAGCUCCCCUCUCCCCAGAGCCCGGCGGGAGGGGGACUCUGAGUAUGUUUUCCUGCCGCUAUAGUGGUCCUUUAAAUCAGAUGGCUAACAGACGUUCCUUCUCAGCUCUCUCUCUGAAGUGGUAGAAGCGUGGAGUGGCGUCUGGCAUACCGCCGUUAAGAAGUCAAAUAAUUGUUAAAUGUUUUUACUACUUACAAUGACCAAACACCAGGGCUCUUGUGGUAGUGGUUUUAGUGCUUGGAGUUUACCUUUAAUACCAUACUUUUCCGUGCUGCAAGUUAUCCCCGUUAUACAAUGAAAUGCAAUUCGUUAAUAUGCACAGCUCGUUGUGCUUCAGUGUCUUAAGCUAAUGCUUCUUGGAACAGUUUCACAUGCUGUCAUAAUCUACCCACAAAUUUUCACAACAUAUCAAGCCUAACAUUCAAGCUCGCUCAUACUUGUCCAUCUCUUAGUGGAGCAUGGGAAGGAUUUAAUAAGAGAAAACUAAUCUAUUUUGUUUAUCCUGUAGCUCGCACAAGGACUGGGAUAGAAAAUAUUAGACGUCAGAGAAUGUUGCCUACAUCUUCCCCUUUACAACAUCCUACAGUACAACAGACCUCUACACCAAUAAUGGCCACACAGAUUGUCCUUCGACCUUGUAACGAUCAAAGUGCUCAAGCUAGGCCUUUGUUUGGUGGACAGUCGACAAUUCAAGGUGGUAUUUCUUCUCCAGCUAUCAUGAGCAGUAAGUAAGAAUACAGCCUUUGAUUAUAAUAUGUGUUGUUAUUCCUUUGAGGGUUCUAUGGACUUCUGAUGCUGAUCCAUUGAUAGUGUACUUAAACCGGCUCUUGUCUCUAGUGGAUUUAAUUAUAAAACAUAUUUAAUAAGUUAAAACAGAAAUAUUGAGGAUAACUUAGUUAGUGGUCCUACUUGGAUUCCAAACAAGUUUGUGGCAUUACAGUGGGGAAAUGAUACCAUAUGAAUAUCAGACCGAUCUCACCUAUAAGGGAAGUCGAGUACUAAAAUGCUAGGCCAGGUCGAGAUGAAACAACCCCAUAUGACUUACUGUUUCUUUCAUUUCUUUGUGUUCUUGUACAGUUCUAUUUUGGAAUCUAUGUUAUUCCGUAUACCCUCCAUAUAUUAUAGAAUUAUACUUGUGAAUGUAGCCACAUAAUUAGAUUUGUUGCCCAUAUUUGUAUAUUCUAUUACAGUAAUUGUUACUCCCUGCUACAGUUUGUGUUUUUUAAUAAUUCUAAGCAGCCGUAAUAUCACUGAUUUAGGUCAUUCUUAUGGUUCAAAGUACUCUGCAAGAUCUGGCUGCUAAACACUACAUUACACUAUUAAGCAUGAAGUUUCUCCAUUUACAGAAAAUUCUUUAUUUAAUUUUACUUCCAAAACCUUUAAAAAAAAAUUCAUUUUUUUUUUUUGCAUGUUUCAACGAAGGCACUCUCUGAAAUGUUCUGUUGUAGAUAAUAUGUAUAAUCAUCUGAACUGCCGUAGUUUCUCACGGGUUGUUAAAGGACCAUUAUAGUGCCAGGAAAACAUACUCGUUUUCCUGGCACUAUAGUGCUCUGAGGGUGCCCCCACCCUCAGGGUCCUCCUCCCGCCCGGCUCUGGAAGGGGGAAAGGGGUAAAAACUUACCUUUUUCCAGCGCUGGGCGGGGAGCUCUCUGCCUCCUCCUCUCCUCCUCCGAUCUGCCCCGUCGGCUGAAUGCGCACGCGCGGCAAGAGCUGCGUGCGCAUUCAGCCGGUCGCAUAGGAAAGCAUUCAUAAUGCUUUCCUAUGGACGCUUGCGUGCUCUCACUGUGAUUUUCACAGCUAGAAGCACGCAAGCGCCUCUAGCGGCUGUCAAUGAGACAGCCACUAGAGGAUUUGGAGGAAGGCUUAACCCAUUUAUAAACAUAGCAGUUUCUCUGAAACUGCUAUGUUUAUAAAAAAAAAAUGGGUUAACCCUAGAAGGACCUGGCACCCAGACCACUUCAUUAAGCUGAAGUGGUCUGGGUGCCUAGAGUGGUCCUUUAAAACUUAUUUUUGUCUUCUGAGUUGAAGCAGUAAUACCCAGCAGUGUGUAGUUGCCCCUCAUCUCAUGCUGGACCCUUGGUUUAUGAACAUAAGGGUUAAAUCCCUCCCCUGUACCCCAAUAUAGGAUAACUACUUAGGGUAACUAUAGCUUUGUUGUAACAGACCCUAAUUUGUACAUUGGGUGCCA